AUGCCAGUACUUCGCCUGUAUCUGGACGAGGAAGCGAACCUGAAGCCUGACUAUUGGCUCUCCAGGGCUUCGCUGGAGAACGUGAUAGCAGCCACAAGCAGCCAGCAGGAUCACGGAUGGGGCCACUACCUCGAGGUGCUGGUUUUUGUGUUUUGGUUGGCGAGCGCCACCUCAUACCGUGUUGUGUCCCGGAGCUUUGGCAUUCCUCGCACCACCGUACACGAUAUGGUACACAAAGUGUCCAGAAAGCUGCUAAAAAUUUUAAAGAGAGUUAUUCAUCUGCCUUCUGCUGCCGAGCUGGAGGAUAUGGGCAAUGAAAUCGCCCGUCUUGCUGGUUCCCCUGCUUUCUCCAGGGCAGUGGGCAGCAUAGAUGGGUGCCACAUCAGGAUUAAACCCCCAUCCCUGGAUGCCCAGUGUUACCUGAACCGGAAGCUGUUUCCAUCUAUCCAGCUGCAGGCGGUGUGCGACCACAGAGGCAGGUACCUGGACAUCUUCGCAGGGUACCCUGGGUCCGUCCACGACUCCAGGGUCUUGAAGAAUAGCCCGCUAUAUACAGGCCAGCUAUAUCCACCCCAAGGCUUUUUUAUCCUUGGGGAUGGUGGGUACCCCUGUCUGUCUGCUCCCAUUGGCCUCAUUACACCCUAUAAAGAGCCAGUCCACCAACCAACGGCCAGGUGCUUCAAUUACCACCAUGCCAAGGCGAGAUCCAUCGUGGAGAGGUCCUUUGGGAGCAUGAAGACCCGAUGGAGGACAAUAUUCUUCAAGGCUCUGGAGGUUAAACCAACAUUUGCCCCCGAUGUCAUCGCCUGCUGUGCCAUCCUCCACAAUGUUUGCCUUUCCAACGGUGACAUUGUGGAGCCAGCAGAGGAGGUCCUCAGGCCGGAUGACGAUGCUGGAGACCAACACCAACACCAGGACCAGCAAAGUGGGGAGCGAAUUCGGGAGCUGUUGAUGGCAGCUGUCUCUGCUCCUGAUGGGCGAGUGCCGGCUCUGGAGGACCAUGACUACAUGUAG